ACAGUAGUAUUUUUAUUUAGGAUAAUUUAUAAUUUUUUAGUGAUCCAGAAAAAUUUUAGUGUCCUCGUUUCUACUAAGUAUCAUCAGAGAAACACGCAUUGUAUGAUUUUGUAGUAAACAUUUUGUACAAGUUUUUCGUUUAAGAAAUGAGAUAGUGGAGAUUUAUAUAUUUUCAAGGUUCAACCUUAUUUAAUGCCAAAAUAUUUUUAAAUCAUGGCUAAUAUAGCUGCUCAAAGAAUUAAAAGAGAAUUUAAAGAGGUUAUUAAGAGUGAAGAGAUGGCAAAAUGCGCUAUUCGGGUUGAGCUUGUUGAUGACAACUACACAGAAUUAAAAGGAGAAAUUGCAGGACCACCAGAUACACCAUAUGAGGGAGGAAAUUUUGUCUUAGAAAUAAAAGUUCCAGAAACAUAUCCUUUUAAUCCUCCAAAGGUCCGAUUUAUAACCAAGAUUUGGCAUCCUAAUAUAUCAUCGGUUACAGGAGCAAUUUGUUUAGACAUUCUUAAAGAUCAGUGGGCCGCAGCCAUGACCCUAAGAACUGUGUUGCUGUCUCUUCAAGCUUUGAUGGCAGCAGCUGAACCAGAUGAUCCCCAGGAUGCUGUGGUGGCCAGACAGUACAAGGAUAACCAGGAAAUGUUCAGACUCACAGCCAGACAUUGGACAGCAGUUUAUGCUGGUGGUCCAAAUGGCAACAGUGACUUUGACUCAAUGAUCCACCGACUCACAGACAUGGGAGUGGAUGAGGAUCAGGCCCGAGUUGCUCUCUCCACGUACAACUGGGACCUGGUGAGAGCCACAGAGCAGCUCUUCAGUUAGUCUUCAGGGAAUUGAGCGUUUAUUUGGAUCUUCACCUUAUUGGCCGCAAAACACAGACUUGAAAGCAAAAAUUGUAAUUAAUUGUUCAUAAACGUUCAUUGUAAAGUAAGGCCACAUUCCUGAUUUAUUUGAGUUGCAUUUUUUCAUAGUACUACAGAAGAUUGUCUUUUAUGGAUGACUUAAAUUCUCCUCCAAAUAACAUAUAAUAGUAUUUUCUGGUUUGUUCAGCCUAAAUAAAAUAGUGAUUUCUGAAGUUGGAUUUUGUGUGAUACUCAGCAAGGCUUUAGUAUAGUUGAAGUUGGUUUUGUUGUUUAGAAGAUUUUAAUCGUUAAAUUGUGAUAAUAGACUGAGUUUAGCUGCAGAUGUAUAUUUAUAUUUUGAGGAUUGCUGCUCAGUUAGGUCAAUAACAUUAUGGUCUCUUGUCUUAUUUAAAAUGUGUUCCUUACAAUAAGUUUGUUCUUUAUGAAUUCUCUCAUUUCUCUCGAGUUCACUUCUUUUACAUAAUUUAAUUUUAAACCAUCUCUUAUUCUUCACUGUAGUAUAGUGAAUUAUUCAAUGCCAUUGCUUGUAUACACAAAGUUUUUUCUAUCAUUGCCUUUCCAAGAUCAAUAUCACUGUUUCCAAAUUGUUUUUACUAGAUUUAAAAAAGUCAAAACUUUGUAAUUUAUCAAGCAAUACUUUCAUUGUGCACUAGUCCUGCCAUUAACUAGGUUUUCUACAUAAUUGUUUAAGUAUAGUUUUAUUUAUUGUUUAAGCAAGAUUCACAAUUAAUUUUGUACGAAGUUAAAAAAAUUGUAUCAAAGAGCUUAUUUUACAUUAUGUUUAAUUAUGACUUAUAAUUAUGUUAUAAUGUAAGGAAUUAAUUGAUUGAUUACUUACCUAAAUUUGGCCAAUUCUAUAAACGUUCUACUGCAAUAGCUUAGGAGUACAUUUUUUAAUGGAAUUUGCUUUACAAAUAAUUAAAUUUUUAUACUGAGAUUAUUUAACAGUGAAAAUAUUUUAUCAAAUCAAUUUAUCAUUAUUAAUUUUUUGAUCACAGUUGUAUAAAGAUAAGGUUAUAUUCUGCUUGUUUUGAAUUGGUAGGUAAAGAGUAAUUGUAUGUCUUGAAUUGUGUUAUCUGAUAUUUGUGAGGAUUGUCACAAGAUAUAAAACUGUAUCAGAGAGUCAAAGCUAGUUCGUAUGUUAUGUCAACACGGACACUUAUUGAGUACAAAAACAGUUGAAGUUAUUAUGUUCUGAUUGUUUUAUUUUGAAUAGAGAUAGGAAAAAUUCAGUUUAAUACAAUUAGAAAUAGGUUUGAAAAAGUCAUACUUAUGACUUUUGUGGUCUAAAGUGAAGGUAUUAUUUUCUAUGCAAUAAAAGUAUAUUAAGUUGUAGAUUUCAUUAUUAUGAGGGCAAUUUGGAAAGUAACCUUCGGUUUGUUAUAAAUAAAACUCUGAAGUAGUUAAAAAUAUUUUGUUAUCUUUUCUUCUUUUCAUCAUAAUUUUCACGUAAAUUUAAAUACUUAUCAUACCUCUGCAUCAACUUAUAAAUUCCUUGAACAUAAAAAUCAGCUGCCUGUGCCUCGAGUCUCUCGGAGUACAUUGUGUAAGUUCUUCGUCGCCCUCAAAUCGCUGAGCCCAGCCAUUUAUGUGCAAGAUAUGUAAAGGUCACUGGAAGCCAAAUCUGUGCUUUGUGGCAGAUGACUAAAAGUAUCCCAUUUGAAUUGUUCAAGAGUCUUUUUUUUAGCACUGUGUUUCGUUCCGAAAAAUAAUAUCAGAUGAUAGGAGUUUGUUCUAAAUUGUCUUUUUUAGGUUUUUUAAGUUUCAAAAUAUUUGAGUCCAUAUCGAUUCUUGUCCCAUGUUCCAUAAUUCUACAAGCAAAAUCCCUUUUGAAUCCCAAAACACAAUUGCCAUCAACUUCCUCCUGGAUAAAGCCUGCCUUGCGUGUAUCGGCUAGUGUGGCGAGUUUGUGUCACUCUGCUUCGUCAAUUGUUCUUAGUUCUCUAGUCUUGCAUACUUAAUCUAUGUUACAUCAUCUUACAAUUCUUUUAAGGAAUAAUUGUUCUUGUAACACAUGAGAAAGUCAAUAGCAGAGGUCAAUCAUUGAGAUUAUGUGAUAUUCCUACAUAAUUUUCGGAAUCCAUUGAUCGCAGAACUUCGGUUGCAAAAGGUCUGAUCUAGUGAGGAUUGUCAUAAAUCCUGCUUUUUCCUGAUGAGUAAUCGGUAACUACAGAGAGCUUACCACUUCUCUCAUCAUAGAUGUUUUAUGGCCAUUUAAAAAAAAAUUUAAUCAAUUUCCAAACUCUACUCAUUACUUUCUGGCCAUACACAGUAGAAAGUUCUCUGUGAAUUGCUGCCACUUAAUACGAUGUGCAGCUCACAUUUGAUGGGACAUUAGACAGACUGGUGCUCGGAUCCGCACUAGCCUAAGUGCACACUAACCCAAUAAUGGUUGUGUUACAUCAAUGGGGGUUACUUUCUGGCCUUCGUCUAAUUUAAAAUUUGGCUCAACAUUAAAUUGCUUUUUUAUUUUUGUGAAGAAUAAUAAUGCCAAGUAAAAAACAAUUGAUUAAUAUGUGAUGAAUCACCUUUUUUAAAAUUGUUAAUACAAAUCCUGUCCAUCCACUAGGAUGGAUUUAAGAUGUUUAACUCUACAAGAAUAGCUGCAAUAACCUCUUUUCAGUUUGAUGUGUUGGAACCGAACAAAUCCUUAGAGAUAUUUUUUUGAAUCAUUACAAACCUAAGUUUAAGGUCUAUCACUCAGCAUUUACAUUUUCAUUUAAGUCAAGAAUUACAAACAUUUUAGUAUAGAUUAGUAUAGCAAAUAGAAUUUUGUAAAAAUUACAAUGUUUAGUUACAACUGCGUUAAGAAGGAUUUUUAUUUUAUAUCUCGUGAAAGAUGAGUUAUUUUUACAAAAUAACCAGUUCAGAUGAAUUCUAACAUUCAGAUCAUGCUCAAGGUCGUAUGAAAUAUUUACAAUUUGAAUGUUUAACAAUUUGGUGGGUAUUAUUUUAAGCAUUAUUUUUUGAUUUGGUUCCCUUUUGUUUCAAUUAAUGUUCAUAUAUUUUAAACUUACAAUAUCCCUAUUUUAUUUUAAAAUAGGGUAAUGUCCCUUGAGCCAUUUGCAGGUUUUGGGUAAUUAGAAAAAUGUAAAAACCUAGAUUUAAAUUGAUUAAAGGAAUAUUAUUUCUAAAUAACAAAUAAGCUUUAUUAUAAUCUUAAAAUUCACUAUGUUUUAUAUUGUUUUUAUCUAUUUUUCUCUCUUUUUGUUGUGUUAACGUCCUUAUGAUUAGAUUGUUAAUGGAUCAUGAUAAUAUUACUUUUACCAUUAGUUAUAUUUAUUUACAGAUGUACAUUAUUUUUGUAUGUGUUAUUAAUGUUUUAAAAUUUGAAUAAUUACAAGAAUGUCAAAUCAAAUAAAUGGCCGAAUGUAUAUUGGUAAUUAAAAAUAAGUUGCUAGAGUUCAUAAUAAAAUAUUUAUAAAA